AUGGCGGCGGCGCCGCCCCCGGAAGCCGCCUCAGCAGAGCGCUCCCAUGGUGCCCCGCGGCGGCGGCCAUUCAAAUCCGCGCUGGCGACCUCUGCCCUGUCCCCGCUCCCCGCGGCCGAGGCGCUGCUGGCGGCGGCCCCAGAGCGCCCCGGCGGGGCGAGGUCCCGGCGCAGUGGGGCGGUGGCGGGGUGCGCCUCGGUGUCGGUGGUGUUCCCGGGCGCCGUGAGCCGCGAGAGCUGCUGCCGCUUCGCCUGCGAGCUCCUCAAGCACGUCCUGCACCAGCGGCACCAGCUGCCGCUGCCCUACGAGCAGCUCGCCUACUUCUGCCGGCGGGCGGCGCAGGAUGGAGACGUGAUUAAGAAGCCACCCUCUGUGGACAUGGCAAGCAAGAAAUGCCAGCAGGUGCUGAUGGAGCUGGAGGGGGUGCUCCAGCACUUGGAAGCAAUGUUCAGUUUGACACUGGUUCCCCGUGUUCUUAUCCUGCUUGGUGGCAAUGCCAUGAGUCCCAAGGAGCUUUACGAGCUCAACUUAGAGGGUGUCUACGUGGGCAGUGCUGAGGAGAGCCUGAAAACCCCAUUCUGUGUGCGUAAGCUUUUUCACUCGCUCUUCAUUGCGGAUGUCUUCAGUGAACUUAAGAUUCUCCCCGUCGUGGGCACUGUUGUUAUGCUUCAAGGACACCGUGAUUGUGGUGUUGAUUGGUUCCGGCCCAAGCUCAACUACAAAGUGCCGACUCGAGGAAGGAAGCUAACUGUCAACUUGUCCUCUGAUGGAGACAUCAGUAUAAGUGCCUCAUCUCCUCUGGCUAUGACUUCUGCCUGGGAGGAUUACAUAUGGUUUCAAGCACCUGUGACACUCAAGGGGUUUCAUGAAUGACUUGUGCUUUAUAGGACUUUAAUGGAUUAUUAAAUAACCUUUUGGUGCUGCUUUAGGUGAUGACCAUUUUAUCAAAUGUAACUGCAUAUUCUUGUCUCCCUGGAUCUUUUCUCCAGGGCAUCUACUAUCUUC